UUCGAGCGUUGCCAACAUUCGCCUAGCAAGACACUAUGUCCCUCGCUUACAGAUUCCCGCGCUUACCUCCACCUUCAACGUUCGAUCACUAUCCUACGAUAUUUGCUUCUAAUCCCUUUUCACGAUUACAGGUAAGAUUGAUAAGAUCACGCAACGAUAAUGAGACUCGGAAGUUUUGCUUCGAUAAUAUAUUAAAUCCAAAAGAGUCUCGCUCACGUUUUUCCUUCGGACAGGAUUCGCAUUCUAUAUUUAUAUGGACGAUAAGAAAUCGCAGCUGUUUCACAUGUUAGGACUUCAUCUGCCAGAUGCCCACGCGAAGGUGAACGUCGUAUCAGCAAGAAAUGAUCAAGGGAUUUUAGAAAGUUUCCGGGAGAUGCGACAGACGACGUUCUGUUCUGAACCGUAGCCGAAACUCGUUUUCAAGGACUCCUGAUUUCGCAAUCUGGAUGAUCGGAUCGAGAUUCCAAUUCUCAUCUUAGUCUUCCUCCCUAAUUCGUUGGAGACGUUAAAGAUGAUACCGAAUAGAUUUUUUUCUUCAGCUUAUCAUUACACAAGCUGUUCACUGCUCUCACUUGACUCUUCCAAGUUUUUAUUCUCGAUAGGACACAGUCAAUUCUGAGAAUCAGCGGCUGGAUACGAUUUUCCCAUAACGGUGCAUUCGAUCGACUCUACUUUUACGGAACUCUUGAUGACACGUCUCAACGUUUUCCAAACAAAGACGUCGAACUCGAAAGACGAUAUUGAGAAAGGAGUAAGACGAUAAAGGAUAAGGGGAGUAUCGUUCCCGACGAUAAAAGCAUAAAAAGGUUGAGCAACUCGGUGUGCAUAUUUACAUAGCGGGAAGUUCCGCUGCGGCAGCGGAUUGAUUCAGCGAUCAUCGUCGCAGAUUAUCUCCGCCUCUGCCGUACCUGAUUCACAUCCUCUCCUUCCGUCGGGGGGAGGUUUAAAGCUUAAACUGUAGGUAGUUAGCAGAGAAAACAAUUGCCGCUUAUUCGUCACGAUUACAUAUUAUCCGUGACAUGUUGAGCUCUGGUUCCUCGGUUUGAAAUUGAAGUAAGAUCUCGUUGCCACAGUCGACGAUGAGUGGCAGAAAAACGGCGAGUAGGCAGCGAGGAAAUGAGGAGAAAAAGCGAAUUAAAUAAUUGACAGGGGCCACGGUUCGAAGCGCUGCUCGUAAAUUGAUCCAAAUAUCUACUUCUCUAGCCUUCCUACACGGAUCGGGCCAAUUAAGUGUCUCUGGAACGUGCGCGAUGACUAAUUAGGAUCGCGACUCGGAGAACUUUAUGAUAACGAUGCCGUAUUUAUCAGGAACGUGUCGUCGAGACGAUCCACUUUCAUUUUCCUCGAUCAGCACAUAACGGAACACAAUGCAUCCUACAAACCUAGUAACGUCUCGGAUAAACUCGAGUCAUCUCUAGUUUCGGUCCUCUGUUAAACGAACUUCCCUCGACGACCCAUUUUAAUAAUUCAUAAAUUCGUUUACCGCGCAUUGUUCUCUUGAAAUCUUAUCACGACAAGAAUCCAGUUUACCUGCUCAAAUCAUGAUUUCCACGAAAUCAGGCAUUGCUACGAGUAACCGCGUUAAUCGCGCACGUAUACGUAUGCAUGCACUUCCUGCUUCGGAGCGUUAACAAGCUGGUCGAUCACCGGUAAUCUUUCGCCGAAAGGAAACAAGGAGAAAUUCCUGUGUCCCAUUCUCACGCUACGCUCGUCGUCGUCUCAACGACGCACGGUUCCAGCCGUUGCUUGGUAUCAAAUUCGUUAUUCGUUCCUGGGAGCUGCGACGCAGGUUCGCAACGCGGAUGAUUAAAUUCCGCUCGGAACUUUUUCGUGGAACGUGUGCGCCGUAUGGGAAACCGGCCAGCCCUUGUGGGCGUGCAAUCGUUCUCGUUUCGCGAAAUCGAGCGCAGUAAGUGCUUGCUUACGUGCAGCGGAAAGUAUUAGCGACCGGUCACGAGACACGAUUCCGUCUUAAUUAAUUAUGUUACAGUUAAACCGAACUGGAGGUGAAUUUCUCAAACUGUUAACGAUUGGAAUACUAUUUUAAUAUCUAUAGCUUCCGAUUUCUCAAACGUAUUCCAUCUCAAACAUUAAACAUGAACACUCGUAUACGAGUAAUUUAAUUCUGUACAGAGAAUCGCCGGGGGAGGUGCGCAGGGUCCAGAGCUGCAUCUCUGGAUCAUUGAUCUACGCCAGUGACAAUGAGAUCCAGAGGCGCUUCGACCGAUAAACUCGGGCGAGUUCCACUGCCGUUGAUCCUACUAGCCAGUAGCGCCGUGUCUCUCGGCGACGUUAGUUCUCUCUUCUCUUCUUCAAGAGCGAUCGAACUCUUUACCGAACAUCGAUUUCGUUAAAUGAUUAUAGACGAGAAUUCGAGGAAUCCAGAGGAUAGAACUUCGAUGUAAGGGCGAGUCUCGGCGAGGGAGUAGGUAUAAAUUGUGAAGAGGCAGGUAGACGGGAAAAGAGAGACGAGGGUCGAAUAUUGGCCGCGCUCAGCUGUGGUCCCCGCGCUUCUCAUCUGGAGGGGAAAAAAACCCGCCGGGCAGGUCUUAAAGACAACCAGGACCAGGAUACGCGGUCAGGCAUUUAACAUCGUAGAUCAUCGUGAACCUUGCGGAGCUGUGGAAUCAGAUGGACGACUCCCCCGGUUCUAUCGUUAAAUGACGAUAACUAAAACGUGCAAAUAAACACGUCUUGAUGAAUUUAACGAUAGUUCGAGUUUGUGGUCUACACAGUGUGGCGAAUACCAGGGGAUUAUGUCACGGUGAUUGUAAAAACAACGCGGGCUUUACGAUAAGUUAAAAACGUCUCAAUAGCUCGAACACCGGAUCAGAAGAGGAUUGAGAUUGUCGGGUGAAUUAUUUUAUACCUUGGUUCGUGAUCGAAUCGCGAUGACUUCCGUGUUGCCGGAAGCAGAAUCGAAAGUAACGAGCAUGAAGCAAAAGCUGAACGAUCUUCGCAGGAAGGAGGAGGCGCGAUCGUUCCUCAGCUUCUCCAGAGAGAACCUGAGCAUCUCCCAGUCCGACAUUGAACAGGGUUUCAGCAAGUAUCGUAUGCAGCCGUGGAGAAACACGAUCUUGUGUCUGCUCGCUCUGUUUCUCAGUCUCGUUUGUCUGGGCGUGGAAAUCUCCAGGUUCCAUUAUACUACGGUAAACACGCGUGAGAUCGAAGAUUUGAAACGGACCGUCGAGAGUUUGAAGCAUCGCCUGUUGAAGGAAGAUCUCCUCGACGAACUGAAGGCCUUCGAGGAACAGUUGUACGCCGAGUCGAACGAUGAUGACCCGAGCGAAACGGACAUCGACAAUAUGGAUUACGAGUCUAAUUACGACGAGGAAAAUUUCUCAUCGCACGAUUACUCGUCGGAUUAUCAGGAUAUUCCAAAAUACGGCGCGAAACCGUCCGAUUUCCCGGAUUCGACGAUCGCACCAGUCCCCACGCCACCAGAACUCAGCACGAACAAAGCGAUAGUGGAGGAAUUGUUAGCGGCGGUGCGCAAGGUUGAGACGAAGCAGGAAUUAAAGAAAUCUCAUAGGCAUGACGAUCGUCAGGAAAAGGAGUACAACGAGCUGAAGAACAAUACCGAGAACUUGACGAUCUCGAAGAGUAAACGAUCUAUAGAGGAAAGUCACGGUUCCAAGAGAGUAAAUAAUAGGCGUCAGGCUAGGAUCAAGAUGAGGCGGAUGCGGAAUGCCAGUUCCACUUCUUGGGAUACUUUAGAAGACAGAAGCGAACUGGGGCAAAACAAGUCCAGUAGGUAUCCACCAAAGAAGUACACUCAUUCGGCCAAAAGAACCGUCGACUCGGUGAACGCUAACGGGGAAUUAAACUUGAAGAGCAUGGUCGGGAAUCGGACCAAGAGAGUUCCUCACCAGAUGCAAAAACAGGCCCAUCGUACGCAAGAUACGGUCGCUUUUCACUUCCACGGGAAUGUGGAGGCCAGAGGUAUCGAGUCUCAUCAGAACGGAAAGAUUCGUCACACGUCCAGCGUGUUCACAGCUUGGAAGCAGAGCGAUUGGGUCAGUGAAUUCAACAUGAACCGGCAUUUCGUUUUGGCCGAGGACGGAAGGCUUACCGUUAACACGGCAGGAUUGUACCUGGUUUACGGGCAAAUCCAUUACUACGACGACAGUGAGCAGCUUGGGUUUCAUAUCGAAGUGAACAAUAAGCCUAUCCUUAAGUGCGUGCUCGACAACUCGAUUGGUCAGCGGAAUAUAAGUCAAACCUGUUACUCGGCUCAAGUGAUCCCUCUGAAAGGGAACGAUAUUAUAGUAUUUAAGGAAAUCACCUUCACAAGGAUCGUAAUCUUCAACAAACUGAACAGCUUCUUCGGGUUAGUAAAACUUGGGGAAUUGCCAAAUAACUGACACUGAAAACUCAGUCUACCGUUCAAGUGCCAGUGGAACAAUCCUGUUCCGAUAAAUAGAUACUAAUUUAUUGACUGACAACGCACGAAAUGGAAAUCGAAGUUCGCUAUCAUUGAGAGACCGUCGAAGGCACACCACGUUAACGAGUAUCGUUGGUAUCGUUUUGAAUCAUAUUAAUUAUCAAUGUAAAUAAGAUUCCUACGCUAGGACUUUAAUUUUAAUCAAUUUCUUUUAUUUAGAAGAGAACCAAUUUUAACUGCCCAAAGAAAGAAAAAAUGAGUGUAUGCAUGUGUGAUGGAGCGAGUGAUCGAAGCUAGAAUGGAAUAAACAUUAACUGAUGUACCCAGAGUGGCAAUAAAGCAAACAUCAGAUUCGAUAA